UUACCGACGUGGUAUCAAAAUGUGAUUAGAAUUUUUUUGUGAUUGUGAUUAGUAUACAAUAGUAAAGUCGACAAUUAAAAUCAAAGUGAAAAACCUACAUAAAACUAGUCCGCUGAUAAUAAGCAAUAGAACUCAGAAAAAAACCGAAGUCUGAAUUUCUUGGGAACAACAACAGCUUAUCAAAGCCACAAGAAGCAAGGACUAAAAAUUAUCACAUUAGACAUAAUUAUGCUGGGAAAACAAGUCAAAAUAUGUUUUUGAAAUAAUAAUAUUUUUUUAUAAAACUAAAACAUAUUGAAAAACAAAGCUUCGGCUAAAUCGAGAGUUCAGGGCUCCUGGUGCUUACAUAUCAUCUGAUGUAUAAUUUAAACAAAAAGCAAAAUGGCUAAAAUUUCAAAAAAUCUGUUAUAUAAGAGUGUAAUUGUAUUAUAGGAUAUUUAACAAAUCUUUUAUAAUAAUACACACUGAAAAAAAAGUUUAAGUAAAAGCGAAUCAAAUUGACAAGCAAUAGUAGUCUUACAUGAUACGUUUUUUUUGUGCUAGUUUGUAUUGGUCUUUGUGUCGCCAUCUAUGUGUCAGUGCCUACACUAAAAAUAUGAAGGUUAUUUCUGUAUUAUCAUGAUCUUGUUACACGUGUAUCAUAAGUUGGUACACAAAUAAAAACACUAAAAAGGAACUGUCUAAACUUCUAAAGCCCUGGUCCAAAUUAUGUGUAAACAUUUUUAAGUCUGUAAUCAUGGUAAUGUCACGUAAUGUGUAAUUAUUAACAAAAUGUUGUAUCGAAGUUAUGACUGAAACCACAGAAUUCAGUUUUAAAGGGGGUAACCCAGGGGCAGUGCAGUAUGGUAACUUCAUAAAUUAUUACCAAUUCCAUCCCCCAGAAACUCGUUUGAAGUUGCUGCCAUCAGAUAUUUGGCCAAAGAAUAAGCCAUUCCACGUACUUGAUUUGGGAAGCAAUGCUGGGGAUCUAACAAUCUCCUUAUCAAACUUUUUAAAAGAAAAACAAUGUUUAUGCAACAUUCUAGGCGUCGAUAUUGACCCAGUCUUGGUACAACGGUCUAACGAAAAAGUACAAACCAUGGACAACGUUGAAUUUUUAUGUCUAGACUUUAUGAAUGAAAGUAGCAGGAUUUUAAUAAAGGACUAUUUGAAAAAACGAAAACUGACGAGAUUUGAUGCAAUCUCGUGUUUCUCGAUUACAAUGUGGAUACAUUUGAAUUAUGGCGACGAAGGUUUAAAAACCUUCCUGAGCGAAAUUUGCAAUUUAGGUAAUUUAAUCAUACUUGAACCUCAACCAUGGAAGUGCUACAGGAGUGCAGUUAAGCGUUUGAAACUCAGUAACGCCAACUUUCCUUUGUUCAAAGAACUAAAAAUAAGACAAACUGUAGAAGAUGAAAUCGAACAAUUCAUGCUGAACCUCCAUGCGACGAAAAUCUACCAAAGCGACCUAGGUGACUGGGGUCGAAAAUUAAUUAUUUUUAAAACAUCCACAGAUACUUAAAAUAAUUUAAUUACAAUAAAAAUAUUUCCAUAAAAA